CUUCCUCCCUUUCCUGUCUCCUGUGCUCCAGCAAAACAGAUGGAAGAGACAGAGGAGAUGGGAGAAAUCGGUCCAACCAUCCCCAGGGCUGUGGCGCCUAAGCCGAACAGACUGAGCAUCCACACCCACAGCAACUGACCCCAGGCCCAGCUGGCCUUGGCUGGCCCGGGUUAGCCUCUGGAGUAUGGUCUGGUGGGGAUCCCCUUUUCUGCUCCCCGUUCUCUUCUUGGCUUCUCAUGUUGGUGCAGCUGUGGACUUGACGCUGCUGGCCAACCUGCGCAUCACGGACCCCCAGCAUUUCUUCCUGACUUGCGUGUCUGGUGAGGCCGGGACAGGGAGGGGCUCAGACGCCUGGGGCCCACCCCUGCUGCUGGAGAAGGAUGACCGCAUCGUCCGCACCUUCCCACCCGGGCAGCCCCUGAACCUGGCACGCAAUGGUUCACACCAGGUCACGCUGCGUGGCUUCUCCAAGCCCUCGGACUUGGUAGGCGUCUUCUCCUGCGUGGGUGGCGCCAGUGCGCGGCGCACGCGAGUCCUCUAUGUGCACAACAGCCCGGGGGCCCACCUGUUUCCAGACAAGGUCACACACACGGUGAACAAAGGUGACACGGCCGUGCUUUCUGCGCGUGUGCACAAGGCCAAACAGACGGAUGUGAUAUGGAAGAACAAUGGAUCCUACUUCCAUACCCUAGACUGGCACGAGGCCCAUGAUGGGCGGUUUCAACUGCAGCUCCAAAAUGUGCAGCCACCAUCUAGUGGCAUUUACAGUGCCACCUACCUAGAAGCCAGCCCCCUGGGCAGUGCCUUCUUUCGGCUCAUCGUACGGGGCUGUGGGGCUGGACGCUGGGGGCCAGGGUGUGGCAAGGAUUGUCCAGGCUGCCUGCAUGGAGGUGUUUGUCACGAUCAUGAUGGCGAAUGUGUGUGCCCCCCAGGAUUCACUGGCACCCGCUGUGAGCAGGCCUGCAGAGAGGGUCGUUUUGGGCAGCGUUGCCAGGAACAGUGCCCAGGCACAGCAGGCUGCCGGGGCCUCACCUUCUGCCUCCCGGAUCCCUAUGGCUGUUCUUGUGGAUCUGGCUGGAGGGGAAGCCAGUGCCAGGAAGCUUGUGCCCCUGGUCAUUUUGGGGCUGAUUGUCGUCUCCAGUGCCAGUGUCAAAAUGGUGGCACUUGUGACCGGUUCAGCGGCUGUGUCUGCCCCUCUGGAUGGCAUGGAGUUCACUGUGAGAAAUCAGACCGGAUCCCCCAGAUCCUCAAUGUGGCCACUGAGCUGGAGUUCAACUUGGGGACAAGGCCUCGAAUCAACUGUGCAGCUGCAGGGAAUCCCUUUCCAGUACGAGGCAGCAUGGAACUCCGCAAGCCAGAUGGCACCAUGCUCCUGUCUACCAAGGCCAUUGUGGAGCCAGACAGGACCACAGCUGAGUUUGAGGUGCCCCAUUUGACUCCUGGGGACAGCGGGUUCUGGGAAUGCCGUGUAUCCACGUCCGGUGGUCAAGAUAGCCGGCGCUUCAAGGUCAAUGUCAAAGUACCUCCAAUGCCUCUGACUGCUCCUCGGCUCCUGGCCAAGCAGAGCCGUCAGCUUGUGGUCUCCCCAUUGGUCUCCUUUGGUGGAGAUGGACCCAUCUCCUCUGUCCGCCUGCACUACCGGCCCCAGGACAGCAUGACUGCCUGGUCUGCUAUUGUGGUGGAUCCCAGUGAGAAUGUGACAUUAAUGAACCUGAAGCCAAAGACAGGAUACAGUGUCUGUGUGCAGCUGAGCCGGCCAGGGGAAGGAGGAGAGGGACCCUGGGGGCCUCCUACUAUUAUGACUACCGACUGUCCUGAGCCUUUGCUGCAGCCAUGGCUAGAGGGCUGGCACGUGGAGGGUCCUGACAGGCUACGAGUGAGCUGGUCCCUACCCUCGGUGCCACUGUUUGGUGAUGGUUUCCUGCUGCGCCUGUGGGACGGGGCCCGAGGACAGGAGAGGCGGGAGAACAUCUCAUCCCCCCAGGCUCGCACCGCCCUCCUGACCGGACUCGAGCCUGGCACCCACUACCAGCUGGAUGUGCGACUGUAUCACUGCACCCUCCUGGGCCCUGCCUCGCCCCCUGCGCAUGUGCUCCUUCCCCCCAGCGGGCCUCCAGCUCCCCGGCACCUCCACGCCCAGGCCCUCUCAGACUCUGAGAUCCAGCUGACAUGGCAGCAUCCUGAGGCUCCAUCUGGUCCUAUAUCCAAGUACAUUGUAGAGAUUCAGGUGGCCGGGAGCUCAGGAGACCCGAAGUGGAUGGAUGUGGACAGGCCCGAGGAGACAAGCACCAUUGUCCGUGGCCUCAAUGCCAGCACUCGCUACCUCUUCCGUGUGCGGGCCAGUGUGCAGGGUCUCGGCGACUGGAGCAACACAGUGGAGGAGGCCACUCUGGGCAAUGGGCUGCAGAGCGAGGGCCCAGUCCAAGAGAGCCGGGCAGCUGAAGAGGGUCUGGGUCAGCAGCUGGUCCUGGCUGUGGUGGGCUCCAUCUCUGCCACCUGCCUCACCAUCCUGGCUGCGCUUUUAGCCCUGGUGUGCAUCCGAAGAAGCUGCCUGCAUCGGAGACGCACUUUCACCUACCAGUCAGGAUCGGGUGAAGAGACAAUUCUGCAGUUCAGCUCAGGAACCUUGACAUUGACCCGGAGGCCAAAGCCACAGCCUGAGCCCCUGAGUUACCCUGUGCUGGAGUGGGAGGACAUCACCUUUGAGGACCUCAUCGGGGAGGGGAACUUCGGCCAAGUCAUCAGGGCCAUGAUCAAGAAGGAUGGACUCAAGAUGAAUGCAGCCAUCAAGAUGCUAAAAGAGUAUGCUUCUGAAAAUGACCAUCGAGACUUUGCAGGUGAACUGGAAGUUCUAUGCAAACUAGGACACCACCCCAAUAUCAUCAACCUCUUGGGGGCCUGUGAGAACAGAGGUUACUUGUAUAUUGCUAUCGAAUAUGCCCCCUAUGGAAACCUGCUGGAUUUCCUGAGAAAGAGCAGGGUUCUGGAGACUGAUCCAGCAUUUGCUCGAGAGCACGGGACAGCCUCCACCCUCAGCUCCCGGCAGCUGCUGCGCUUUGCCAGCGAUGCAGCCAACGGCAUGCAGUACCUAAGUGAGAAGCAGUUCAUCCACAGGGACCUGGCUGCCCGAAAUGUGCUGGUUGGAGAGAACCUGGCCUCCAAGAUUGCAGACUUUGGCCUUUCUCGGGGGGAGGAAGUGUACGUGAAGAAGACGAUGGGCCGUCUCCCUGUGCGGUGGAUGGCCAUUGAGUCUCUCAACUAUAGCGUCUACACCACCAAGAGUGAUGUCUGGUCCUUCGGGGUCCUCCUCUGGGAGAUAGUGAGUCUCGGAGGCACGCCCUACUGUGGCAUGACCUGCGCUGAACUCUACGAGAAGUUGCCUCAGGGCUAUCGCAUGGAGCAGCCCCGAAACUGUGAUGAUGAAGUGUACGAGCUGAUGAGGCAGUGCUGGCGGGAUCGUCCCUAUGAGCGACCUCCCUUUGCCCAGAUAGCACUACAAUUGGGCCGCAUGCUAGAAGCCAGGAAGGCCUAUGUAAACAUGUCGCUAUUUGAGAACUUUACCUAUGCUGGCAUUGACGCUACAGCUGAGGAAGCCUGAGCUGCCCCACCAGAACCUGACUCUGCUGGCCGGAGCAAACUCUUCCACUUAUGACUUUGGGCCCUUCUAACCUCAGACCCAAGCUGUCUCAAGAAAGUUUUUUUGCUUUGUUUUUCGAUACAGGGUUUCUCUGUGCAGGCCUGGCUGUCCUGGAACUUGCUCUAUAAACCAGACUGACCUCAAAUUUACAGAGAUCCGCCUGCCUCUGCCUCCUGAGUACUGGGAUUAAAGGCGUGCGCCACCACCCAUCAGGUCAAGAUAGCCUUUUAACUCAAAGGAAAAAAGAAAAAAUCCAAGAAGCAUUGGGCUGAGGGAAACAGGGGUCCCCAUUCUUGGCAGUUUAUCUCAGAGCUACCCUUCUUAUCUGUCCUUUCAGUUAAUUGUGUUCCUCCACAUAUGUGCCUGCACCCCAAAACUCCACGUAUGUGCCCCACACCCAAACCCUCCACGUAUGUGCCCACACCCUAACCCUCCUUGUAUGUGCCCACACCCUAACCCUCCACAUAUGUGUCCACACCCAAACCCUCCACAUAUAUGCCCACACACCCAAACCCUCCACAUGCAUGCCCCACACCCAAACCCCACUUCUCAUCCUCCACUAAAAGCAGAAUGUAAGCUACUCACACCCUGUUCAGCACCCCCUACUCUCUGCUUGUACUCAGAAAAAAAUAAAUACACUGAGAAGCA